UCGAUGGAUUCAUCACAAAAAAUACAACAACCUUUUAGCUAGAAAUUGUGUGAAGCAUGGGGGACUGGAGCUUUCUGGGGCGGCUACUGGAGAAUGCUCAGGAACACUCCACUGUGAUCGGCAAGGUGUGGCUCACAGUCCUCUUCAUCUUCCGGAUCCUGGUGCUCGGCACGGCCGCGGAGGAGGUCUGGGGCGACGAGCAGUCGGACUUCACUUGCAACACCCAACAGCCGGGCUGCGAGAACGUGUGCUACGACGAGGCCUUCCCCAUCUCUCACAUCCGCUUCUGGGUGCUGCAGAUCAUCUUUGUGUCCACGCCCACACUCAUCUACCUGGGCCAUGUCCUGCACAUUGUCCGUAUGGAGGAAAAACGCAGAGAGAAGGAGGAGGAGCUGCGCAAGGCCAGCCGGCACCAGGACGAGCAUGACCCACAUUACGGCAGCAGAGCAGGGGAAGGCAGCAGAGGGAAAAAAGAGAAGCCCCCGAUCAGAGACGAACAUGGGAAAAUCCGCAUUCGGGGAGCUCUGCUGCGAACGUACGUGUUCAACAUCAUCUUCAAGACGCUGUUUGAGGUGGGCUUCAUCCUGGGACAGUACUUCCUGUAUGGGUUCCAGCUCAGACCGCUGUAUAAGUGUGGCCGCUGGCCUUGCCCCAACACGGUGGACUGCUUCAUCUCCCGUCCCACGGAGAAGACCAUCUUCAUCAUCUUCAUGCUGGUGGUAGCCUGCGUCUCUCUGCUACUCAACCUUCUGGAGAUCUACCACCUGGGAUGGAAGAAGGUAAAGCAAGGGGUCACCAACGAGUGUGCGCCAGACCGAGAGUCUUUUCCUCUGGCCACAGAAGAGGGGGGGGAGUCAGAGACCAUCCCAGAAAGGAUCUCUCCCCCGGCACUGAACUGCCUGCCAGUAUAUCCGGGGAGUGUGAGUGUGUUGAGGUGGGAGGGGUUUCUGUCCUCUGAGCAGGCCCCCACCCUGGCCUCUCUCUCCCCUCCGCUGGUUGCAGCCGAGCUCAAGAUGGACUUCCAGCAUGAAGACUUCUUCCUCGAGGCACCGCCCACAUGCUUCUAUGGUAGGGAGCAUAGCAGCCAACAGCAGCUGGAGGAGAACUGGCACAACAUGGAACUGCAGACUCUGGACCAUAAGGCCUACCCCCCUCCUCCAUCCCCCCCUUCCUCAUCCUCCUCCCACUUCUCCUCCUACCCUGACCAGGAGCAGCCGCCCUUUCACCAGGUGGCCCUCCCACCCCACUCCUCUCCUCUCGGACGAAGGAACCCACAGGAAGAGGAAGACGGGAGAGAGGAUUUGGAGGUUCCUCUGACGCUGUUGCACACUGAUGAUGUCUUGGUUACCAGGGUGGAGAUGCACAAGCCCCCCAUCACUAUGGCGACAGAUGUCCGGAGGCUGAGCCGUGCAAGCAAGACCAGAGCCCGGCCCGACGACCUUGCAGUGUAA